CUCAGAGAGGAGAAGAACCGAGAGCUAUCAACAACAGCUUAAUAGGGGGAGAGGGUGAUUGAUCGCUUUUCGUCGAGUCUUCAUCAUUUAUCGUACCAAAGCAAAUCUCCCAAGCAGACACGAGCACCCAGCAUGGCGGACCAAGAGCUACAAGUGAGCUUCGAUAAUGCAGCUUUUGUUCAAGACGACGACCCGGUACAGUUGCACACGCAUACCCGCAAGGACCCUGAUGGCAGCUCGGGCACGGCGAACGCGGUCGCGCCGGCCUUUAAAGGGCCCAAGAUUCUCACGCCCGAAGAGAAGAGGGAGAAAAUCGCCAUCUUUAAGAACAUCAUCGUUAUUUCCGUCGCCUUCACGUUCCUUUUCACGAGUUACAAUUCCAUGUCGAAUCUUCAGUCGUCCAUUAACAAGGUAGACGGAACGGCUGCGCAAACGGCCUUGUACGCUGCCUUCGUCUUCUCCUGCUGCUUCCUGCCCACGUGGAUGAUCAAGCGGCUGCAGGAGAAGUACACGAUGGCCGCCUGCAUGCUGUGCUACUCGACCUACAUGGCGGCGCAGUUCUACCCCAGGAUCUACACGCUCGUGCCCACGGCGAUGGUGGUCGGCCUCGGCGCCGCGCCCAUGUGGUCCGCAAAGUGCACCUACCUCACCAAGGUCGGUACCAUUUACGCAGAUCUGGUGGGUGUCAACAGUGACGUCAUCAUCACGAGAUUCUUCGGCAUCUUCUUUCUGUUCUUCCAGUCGACGCAGGUGUGGGGCAACGUCAUCUCCUCCACAGUCCUGUCCAUGGGCGUGGCAGGCGAGAACAAAACCGAGGAGGACCUGCAACGCUGUGGGUACCGUUUCUGCCCCCUGGACGCCUACGAGAACGACGGCGCCAGCAACAGCACUGAAAUCCCCCUGUGGCAGAGGUACACAAUGUCCUCCAUUUACCUCGUCUUCGCUCUCCUCUCCUCGGUUAUUGUGAUUCUCUUCGUCGAUCAGCUGAGCACUUUCGAGAGGAAAGGCCCCAGCUCCCCCGACGACGACGAACCGACACUCAAGCUUCUGGCCAAGACGUUCGUCCACAUUCGCCAUCCAUACCAGGUGCUCAUCAUCCCCAUCACCAUUUGGUCGGGACUCGAGCAGGCUUUCCUCAGCGCCGACUUCACUGCGGCCUAUGUAUCCUGCGGCCUGGGUGUCCACAUGGUCGGCUACGUCAUGAUCUGCUACGGGGUGUGCGACGCCGUGUGCUCCUACUCGUUCUCGCCCUUGAUCAAGAUCGUGGGGCGCGUCCCUGUGUUCACCCUGGGCGCCCUCGUCAACCUCGGGGUCAUCAUCACCCUGAGGUACUGGACGCCGACGCCCGACGACCUCCCCGUGUUCUUCGUCCUGGCCGGGCUGUGGGGCGUGGCGGACGCCGUGUGGCAGACGCAGAUCAACGCUCUCUACGGCGUGAUCUUCCCCGGCGAGUCCGAGGCCGCCUUCAGCAACUACCGCCUGUGGGAGUCGACGGGCUUCAUCAUCUCGUACGCCUGCAGCAGCCUCAUCUGCAUCGAGCCCAAAGUCAUCAUCCUGCUGGUGUUCCUCCUGCUGGGGGUCCUCGGGUACUACGCGGUGGAGUUUCUGGAGAGGCGAGGAGGACUUAGGAAGGAUGGCGACGGCAAAGUCAUUUACAUCGAUAGGCUUUUGUUUGGGAAGGAAUGAGUGGCGGUCGGGUGUGUUUGUCUGUCUAUCUGUCUGUCUGUUUAUCUGUCUGUCUGUUUAUAUGUCCAUAACUUUAUCUAUCUGCCUGUUUAUCUGUUUGUCUAUUUAUCUAUCUGUCCGUUUAUCUGUCUAUUUGAUUAUAUGUCUAUAACUUUAUCUAUCUGUCUGUUUAUCUGUCUAUCUAUUUACCUAUCUGUACGUUUAUCUGCCCGUUUAUAUGUCUAACUGUUUAUUUAUCUAUCUAUCUGAUUAUCUACUUAUCUGUUUAUUUCUCUAUCUGUUUAGCUAUUUGUCUGUCUAUAUGUCUAUCUGUUUAUAUAUUUAUCUUUCUGUUUAUUUGUCUAUCCGUUUACGUGGCUAUCUGUUUAUGUGUCUAUCAGUUUAUCUAUCUAUCAGUCUGAUUAUCUACAUGUUUAUCUAUCUAUCUGCUUAUCUAUCUGUCUAUUUACCUACCUGAUUAUCUAUAUAUGGCGAUCUAUCCUUUGCUUAUUAUCUAUCUGUUUACCUACCCAUCUGUCUAUCUAUCUGUUUAUUCAUCUAUAUAUUUCUGCAUUCGGUCUAUUUAUCUGUCUGUUUCGUCUAUCAUUCGAUCUGCUUAUUCUGUCUGUUUAACCAUGUAUCUGCUAUGUAUGUACUUGUAUCUGAUUCAGUGUACAGUCAUCUUUUUAGGAUGGUAUAUGAAUGGAGAGCAAUCCAGUCCAGAAUUUAUAAGUAGACUGCCUUCUACUUUCAUUAAGUGUGCUAGUUUGUGUUCUUAUAUGCGUGUGUGACUGAAGGAGUGGUAGUUAAGUGGUUUUCGUCUGUAGACUAGAAUAGAGAUUGCUGGUUUUC